AAAAGCAGAUACACUCUGCGAUAUUGGGCGUCAUUGGCAAUGUGGCGCUCGGGUUUACUCUUCACACGCCUAUAGCUCGGUCCCUCUCUUAUCCAUAAAAAUAAGAUUGCAUUGCUGACCUAUUUAUUGCGAAGUAAUUCAAGUAUGAAAGGCAAAGAGCUGAACCGAGCUAUCAUAACAAUAAGCUUAGUGGGCGUGCUGGUGUCCACAUAUGCGCUGUAUGUGGAACUUCUCGCUGAUCUUAGGCCAGGGUAUAAGGCCAUGUGUGAUAUAUCCGAACAUGCCAGUUGCUCCAAAGUCCUGACCUCCAAGUACGCGAAGGGUCUGGGCCUCGUGCCGGAGGGGUCGCCGUUCAAAGUGCCGAAUUGUGUGUACGGGAUUAUCUUCUAUUGUAUUAUUAUAUUUUUGACUACAUACGAUCACUUGAUGGCGGUGCGACUACAGCUUGGUCUCUCUGCAAUGUCCCUCGUUAUUUGUGUGUAUUUAGCUUACCUGCUAAUAUUUAUACUGAAGGACUUUUGCGUAGUUUGCGUCUCUACCUAUGUUGUUAACAUAGCAAAUACAUUCCUUAUUAAGAAAAAGCAUACUUAUGUUAUGACAAAAAAUAAAUAAAGUACAUAUUUAA